AUGGCUACCAGCAAUAACAACAACAACAACAACAGGAAUAACAGUACGUGGACUGCUGAGACUUCCUAUGAAGAGAAUAUGGCCGAUGGUGGCAAGAAAUACAUCAGGAAUGACAGCACGGCUAGUGCAAAAACUGUUUUUGAAUAUGACAACAACAAAAGGCAAGUCAAGUUUGAUGGUAAUGAAAAAUAUGGUGAAUCACAAGGUGUAACAUGGCAAGUCAACACCGUUCCAACUACCCCUUCUGAAAGUAUCGAAGCUGAUCCCGCAAACGAAAAAGGUGUCGAACCAAAAGCUUUGGCUGAUAAACUAGGCGAUGCUCAUUUCAAUCAGUUACCUGCUAUUCAAAUCGUCAUCAUUUUGCUAGCCUUGUCGUUGGCCAGUUUUGUAAGUUUUGCUGAUCAAACUGGUAUAACUGUUGGUUUAACUGAAAUCGCACAAGAUUUAAACGCACAGCAAACCAUUAAUUGGGCCGGGUCUGCCUCCCUUUUGGCAAACACAGUGUGCCAAGUGUUGUUUGGAAGAUUAUCCGACAUCUUUGGCAGAAAAAACGUCAUCAUGACCUGUCUCAUGAUUUUAUGUAUUGGAGACAUUGCUUGCUCCGUGGCCAGAAACGGUGUUGAGUUUUACGUCUUUAGAGCCUUGGCCGGUAUUGGCAACGGUGGUGUUUCUUCGUUGAGUAUGGUUAUCUUAAGUGAUAUCGUCUCGUUGAGGGACAGAGGAAAAUUUCAAGGCAUAUUGGGUUCUAGUGUCGGUAUCGGUAAUGCGGUGGGUCCAUUCAUCAUGUCAGGGUUCAUCAAGCAAUCGAGCUGGAGAAGCUAUUACUAUUUCUUGGCUCCGCUCGCCUUUUGCACAAACGUGGUCUUGUUUUUCACUCUUCGAAACAACAAAAAAUUGGACAAUGUGAUUUCCAGGAGUGAAAAAUUCAAGAGCAUCGACUAUUGUGGUAUACUCACGGCAGCAAUCAGUUUAACGUUGAUCUUGGUGCCAUUGAACGGAGGAGGCUCGACAUAUGCUUGGAACAGUCCCAUUGUCAUUGCCUUGUUCACCAUUGGUGGCUUCUUCAUGUUGGUGUUUUUCUUUGUUGAAGUCAAAAUUGCCAAAUUGCCCAUGAUUCCCAUGCGAUUGUUUAAAAGCGUUUCCCUUUGCUUGAUCUAUACGGCGACUUUUUGCUUUGGUGCCGCCUAUUUCAGUUUCACUUACUACUUGCCAUACUAUUUCCAAAUAGUCAAGGGCAAAGAUGAAAUGCACACCUCAAUCUUUGUCUUGCCCUUGGUCUUGUGCCAAGCCGGCUUUUCCGUCGUGGCAGGCCAAUUGAUCACUUACUUUGGCCGCUAUUUCUGGGUAGUCCUUACUGGCUACAGUUUGUGGUGUCUCGGGUGCUGUCUCUUGGUCUUGUGGAACGAGACCAUUUCCGAUGGAUUAAACGUUCUCAUUUUGUUGAUCAUGGGUACUGGAGUUGGUUUCUCUUUCCAGCCAUCAAUGGUUGCAGUUCAGGCCAAUUGCAAAAAGGCAGAAAGAGCCGUAGCUAUUUCCACCAGAAAUGUCAUUAGAUCAUUAGGUGGAUGUGUCGGCAUUGCCGUGGGCUCAACCAUCGUUAGUAACUCCGUCCUCGGUGCACUCAAGACGCUGAAGGCAAAGUCAGCAUUGACUCCCGAGCUCAUUGAACACAUUAAAACCCACAUUUAUAACAAAAUUGACACAUCAGCGUUGACAGGUGCAGAAACCGAGGAGGUUAGAUCAAUCUACACUCAGGCAUUGAGAAACUAUUAUUAUUUCUUGAUCCCGUUGAUGGCCAUUGCAGUCAUCACUUCUUUAUUCAUCAAGGACAACGGAUUAGCUGGUUCGGAUGAGAAAGUGCCUGACAAGAAAAGACCAGAUCUUGAAUCCUCAGCCAGUUCAAUGACUCUUAAAAACUGA